GACGAUGUGUACGUCUCAAACAUUUCAUACAUACUCUUCCCGUACAUUUUACGAAUACUUCGCGCGAUCGACGCGUAGAAUUGCCGGGCAGGUCGGAACGAUAAACCUCAGAUUUCUCGAUUUAUAAUUAACGAAAUACUCGAAAGGUGCUCUUGUCAGAAACUCUGAAAUUAACUUAUUCCCCACCCCGUCUGAAAACAGAAAUGAUAAGAGUCGCGCGGAAAAUUUAUAUAGAAGUAUAACUUUCAUUUGCGGUUUUCAUUCGGCGUUCGAGACCAUCGUUCCGACCGGUCGGCAAUUCGAACUCGUGACGCGUACCAUCACGCUAAUUGUAAUCAGCAUUAUGAACGGGAGGUCCAUUAUUUAUUUCGCAUGAUUCAUUCGAUUUGUACAUUUGAAGCUAUGAUAGAAAACCAUAUAUGCGCGGUGAACUUGUUCGGUUACGAUAGUUGUUCGUACUAUUUGUUGUAUCUCCGGCGACAUGUUUUAUACUCGUACAGUGACAUUUCGAAAGAUUUGAAUUGUAAAUCCCACUCCUUCCCCCAUUUCUCGGCGCUGCACGGCCACCCCGGUUUACCGAAUUGUCGCGUUCGGCGUUCGUGAGUAUCGAAGCGCGGCGUCGGACACAAUGUUAACGCACUCUAGAAACCUCCUCGUGCUCGAGGAACAUUAAUGGAUCCACCUUUUCGUUACGGCUAACCAUUUAAACAAAUUAAACAUUCAAAAAUCAACCAUUAAAAAGCGGUGUUGUAUUGAAAAUCAUUGACACGUAUUGUACAGAUUUCCCUUUACUUUACGAUGCGAUGCCGGUGGACAAACAUUCGGCAGCCAAAGGAUCAUUUUAUUGCCUUUCUUGUUUUUAGAACGUGUUGCUGUUAAAUGUCAAGUUACCGUACCAACGGUGUAAAAAUAUUCUCGCUAGGGAAUUUCCAUUGUUUUCGUAGUAGUCUCGAACGGUAAAUUAUUAACGUUUGUAAAUUAGUAGACCGUCUCGGUGUGUAACGAAGUAUUAAAAAUUUCUGAUGUCGUGCCACUCCUUUGCACGAGGACAUCGUGAAACCAUUGAUAAGGAGAACUCGCCAGAUCUUAAAUUAGUUUCGAGACCACGCUUGGUCGGAAGUUAGAAAAUCCGAGGAAUAAAAUAAGCGUCGAUCGGAGAAUUCGCUGUCCGUCGGAAAAAUUCCGUCGAAGUGUCUCGUAAUUAAUUCCGAAAGUGGACGUAAUUUGUUUCUUUUAACCUCUAGACCUUCCUCGGAAUGAUGUAAGAGAAUAACUGCUAACGAAGCGAAGCUAAUAAUAAUAUGGGGUCUGAUGGUGGGGGAAUCUUUCGAAACGUUGUUGUACACGUUACGAUAUGCAAUGAUGAAUCAUCGGAGAGACAUAAAUUCGAUGACAUUUCAAUUCCCAGUUUCAGCUUGUCUUGCGAGGCGCGUUUCAAUCGCGCACGCAAGGAUCGUCGCGAAACGAUGCAGGAAACAGAAGAGGGAAAUUGUACAAAGCUAGCAGCACGGGAAACUUGUGAACGCUAAGUUCCUUUAACUCGCUGAGUUUCAUACAUCGGAUUACAAUUAUUCCACCGUACAAAUAUACAGAAGGGAGAACAAACAUUUGUCAUCGUCCGUAUUCGGAAACAAAACGACAGGCAUUCUAUGAACACGAAUUUAUCCAAUUGUGUAACAACGUUCCACAGGGCAGACAGAUGGUCAAAGUUAUUUAUGUCUCGUUCGUUCGCACAGUAUGACAAAUUCCUUUCACGCAACCGAGCCGCGGAUUUUAAUGCAUCCGCAGUAACGCCGAGUUACUCAACAUUCGGUAUAAUGUAAAAUUCAAAGGAAGCGCAGAACGUGAUUCUCGUUUCACUUGAAACGUCGACUCCAUGAAUCUCUGCGCACGACGAUCCGUAUUUGCAUGAACAUCCGCGGCUCGCGGAUGACUAACACUUUGUUUCGAUCGAAACAUAGUCGCGACAACGCAAACGUGUCAAGGACUGCUGUAAAUUUCUAUUAAAUAUAUGUGUAUAUCUUUUUCUGUUUUUUGUUCUAUGUUUGUCAACAAGAUGUAUACUCGCAACGACGAUGACGAUCACGAUCACGAUCACGAUCACAGCAACAACGACGAUGACGAUGAAAGCUACGAAUGACAGAAACGAUUUGUCGCGAUUCUGUGGGAGAAGCUAAUGAAAAUAGGAUGGACCAGGCGGAUAAAUCAGUAUUAGAUCAGUUAAUCGAAAUAUUUUAAGGAAAGCCAACUUAAUGUUUACGAAACUCGAGUUCAAAAUUUGAAACCUGAUUAAAACCGAAAGAACCACGGCGAUCAUUCCUCCACCGUGCAAUAGAGCAUUUAAAUAACGUUAAGGGCGUUCCGUAAUUUAACUUAAUCAUUAUAUACAAAUAGGAUGUAAUUUUCCUUGAUAGUAUGUCCGUUAAUCGAUCUAUAAACAUUCUGUAAAGUUUGUGAUAAAGGGAAGCUAUUGUAUUAUUCGACUCGACUAUUCUCGUUCCGACGUAGCGCCGUCAUAGAAAACCGUUUCUCCUCGAGGAAUCUCUCAGCGGGUCGUGUGUCCGAACGGAUCGAUUCCAUCGACCGACUUCAAUGAAACGCGAGAUAACAAAUCUUAAAACUCACGUGUAUGUACAUUCAGAUCGGCGUAACAGCGAAACAAGUCUGCGACCACCGGAGAAGAGAAGCGAUACCUUUUUUCCUAGCGAUUCGUCAUUUUGCGGAAUCAUUUCGGAUUCGAUAUUUCGCCAUCCCCCCGUCCGGGAAAAUCGGGAAUUUCGAAUCGAUUCGAAUGUGUUUCGUUGCGUAUGUGUGUGUAAAGAAUGUUUCGAUGUUCAUUCAACACGUUCAUGGUUUUGCGGGUUACAUUUCUCGGUUCACGUAAGACCGCUGGAAGAUCAAUUUCGUCUCGCAGCAUCGAUCCCUCCGUGUCAAACCCAUGAAUGUGUGACUCGACCGUGGGAACUAGUUCAAUGUAAAAUGUAAUCCUCGAGUACAACGUUCCCGAGGUUUUCUCGCAGGACUCGAUUUCUUAUUUAAGUGCAAUUGUAAAAUAAUUGUUGAUUAUUCCCCCUUCUUGUUAUUCGUUUCGAAUCAUAACUCGCGCUUAUGGUUCCGCUAUAACAAAGGUAGAAACGAGGAUCUGCCGAACAGAUUCCCUCGGCAGAAUUUUUAUUUUCGACGUUAACGAUAUUAUGGUUGCAGUGAAUCUAAAGAAAAUAAGAAACUCGAUUGCCAUAAUCAGAAUCCUUUUCAUUCGCUUAGCGAUCUUCCUUCUUGCGACAUGAAUGUGCAUUCGCGAUUCAAACUUGUAAUAAUAUUUCAUCGACUAAGAAACAUUCAAAAAUUCCAUCGAAUUCUAUUCUAAACAAUCCUAAAAUCGUAUCAUUGUAUCAGUCGUAGCACAUUCGCGAAUCGAGCUCGAAGUAGAAUCGCUGUCGUCAUGCAACAUGUAUAUUCAUUACUUCCACAUCAAUUUCAGAAGCAAGAGCAAAGUACGUUCAACGCGUUAAUUCGGUAGCCAGAUGCGUCCACGUUUAUGGGUCUCACGUGAAAGGGGGCGCGAUGCAUUCGAAAAGACGCGUUAACGAUUUCCUAUAACCGACUCGAGUUCGUUCCCGCUUCCCGAAACACGAGGCGGCGGCGAUCUUCGCAGGGUUCCCUGUACGAGCGUGACGGUUCGCCGUGAAAUCCGUGAAUGUGUUAAUGUGUGACGAGCUGCGGCGAAAUUGUUCAUAGCAAAAUUUUAGCGAUGAUUAUUUAAAUGCGUGCAUUUCGAGGAGGACUGAGGAUUAUCGCGACGAGAAACCCGACGAGCGAUAACGACACUCCGAACGAGAUUCGAGUGUUUCGCCCGCGACGAAGUGACGACGCUUUUUAUUUUAAUGAAUUCAUCGGCGCGAUACGAUCCCGAUCGGAUCGAUCUCCGAUCGAGAUGUCUGUCGGGCGGUGAUCAACGGUCUCUCGUUAUCGGGCGUGCAUCGCGAUCGCACGCGGCGAGAGGCUGCUUUUCGUUUUCGCUUUUAGCCUGAAGGAAUCCUUUGCUUUCCGUUGCGGGGCAGCUUUCCUCUCACUGCCAUUGGAAGGUCGUUAGUUUCCUCAUUGAACUUAAUAAUGCUCGUCGUUGUUAAAUUAUUAAAUACACGAAGUUCACGAAUUACGAAGUGCAAUGUUACGAUAGCUGUCGCGAAUGAGAGCUUGCGGCGGGCGAAGGAGAGUGUUCGUGCACGACGCGCCCAUCCGGCCCCCCCGAGUCCAAUCGCCGAUACCGUUCCCGGUGGUAACGGUGAAUUCGAGAUGAUUCGUGUCAGACUAUUCCACGAGUAUACGUAAUUUUUUAUUGAAACACAAGUCCGAUGAUGAUAGCGUUGAGGUUGACGAUUCUAACGAAACGGUGUCCGUCGAUUGUAGAUGGGCGACGCCGGUGCACGAAUACUUGUUCGGCUUCUGCCGUAUGUAUAUGACGACCGGCAAUUUUAAUUGAAUAUUCAGCCUUACGGCGCAGUUUCGAUAAUUCGAAGAGUCUACGGUCUCGGCGUAUACUGUAACUGUAUUAUUGUCAGUACUGUAUUAUCUUUGUUGAUCAAAAAAAAGAACGAAAGCAUAAAAUUGUAUAUUAUCAUUAUUAUUUUCUACGAAUUAAGGUGUAAUAAUAAAUGAAUUGCAUAGCCCAAUAAUAUCUGUGGAUUUGUCAUUUGAAUCUGCUCGAAUUUAUGAAUGAUAUAUCUGAAUUGUCUUUUCACAGGUAAUUUCGUUUAACGUGCCUGACCCAUCGAAAAGUGCGAAACUGGAUAUGUUUUGAUCGAUGAACGUGUAACGCUGGGUAAAGUGUUGCAAGGUUGCACAUUUGUAAAUAAAUAUAUGUGUAUCGGUCUCGUAUGCUGAAAUAUAUAUUGAAAUAAAAGGAAUCGUCAAAUUUCUUUGAUUGUGUAAUAUUUGAAUGGGUAGGUAGUAGCUAUCUGGUGGCAGUGUCAUGAAACAGAGUGCGCGCCUUGUGGUAUGCAACCUGAUGACUUCGACAUUAUAUCAUCGACGAAGGACAGGAUCCCCGUGGGUGAUUAACCCUGACUUUGAAAGUACUAAUGGACUUCUGAGAGACACAUGUUGUACCUACGUCGAUUCCACGUGUUAACCUAGAUUAUUUGUAAAUAUUACUUUUUUUACUGAACACGCAGAAAUCAUGACGUUUGCGGAAUUAAAUUUAAGCCCAUGGAUAAUUAGUCAGUGUAAUUCUAUGGGUCUGAAGAAACCUACACCUAUUCAGCAGAAUUGUAUCCCUAAAAUUUUAGCUGGUGAAGACUGUAUCGGAUGUGCAAAAACUGGCAGUGGCAAAACACUUACAUUUGCACUUCCUAUAAUACAAAAACUAUCAGAGGAUCCUUAUGGUAUAUUUGCUCUGAUUUUAACACCUACCAGAGAAUUGGCUUUUCAAAUUGCAGAUCAGUUUUCAGCAAUAGGAAAGUCUAUUAGUUUAAAGAGAUGUGUAAUUGUAGGAGGAAUGGAUAUGGUAACACAAGGUUUAGAAUUGUCAAAACAUCCACAUAUAGUUGUUGCCACUCCAGGUCGUCUGGCAGAUCAUUUAGAAAGUUGUGAUACAUUUUCUUUAGCAAGAAUUAAAUUUUUAGUUCUGGAUGAAGCUGAUAGACUUCUUGGUGGUCAUUUUGAUGACCAAUUGAAAACUAUAUUCAAUGUUUUACCUAAACAAAAACAAAUUCUCAUGUUUAGUGCAACAAUGACAGACACUCUUGAUAAAGUGAAACAUAUUGCAUCCAAUAAGGUUUUUAUGUGGGAAUCCACAGAUGACUCCGGUGUAGCUACAGUAAAAGAACUUGAUCAACGUUAUGUACUUUCUCCAAGCGAUGUUCGGGACUCUUUCUUGGUAGAAACAGUUAAAACAUUUAGAUCAACUAACAAAGAUGGAUCCAUAAUGAUAUUUACAGAUACUUGCAAAAAUUGUCAAGUAUUAUCAAUGACAUUAAAUGAAAUUGGUUUUAAAAACGUUGCUCUUCAUGCAAUGAUAAAACAAAGAGAUCGUCUUGCAGCACUUAGUCAGUUCAAAUCUAAUCAUACAAAAAUUUUGAUAGCUACAGAUGUUGCGGCGAGAGGUUUAGAUAUUCCUACAGUAGAAUUAGUUAUAAAUCAUAUUGUACCAAAUGUACCAAAAGAAUACAUUCAUAGAGUUGGUAGAACAGCUAGAGCUGGCAAAGGAGGUUUGGCUAUUACUCUAAUAACGCCACACGAUAUCAAAUUAUUGCAUGCCAUUGAGGAUACUAUUGGGACAAAAUUAACAGAGUAUAAAGUUAAUGAUAAAGAUAUAAUUACGAUUUUAACUCAAAUAUCGGUUACUAAGAGGGAAGCGGAAAUGAAAUUAGAUGAAACAGAUUUUUAUGAAAAAAGAAUGAUUAAUAAGCGUAAGAAGUUAAUUCUUGAAGGGAAAGAUCCAGAUGAAAUCGAGGAAAUUUUGGAAAAAAGAAAAUCCGGCAAAUCAAAAAAAGGUAAGAAAAAAAAACUUGAGGGAAAUGCACAUAAUGCAGGUAGAUGCGAUUAGUUCUGGUUUUAUUAUUUAAAAAAGUGUAUAUAAUAGUAUAAAGAUUAAAAGUUUAAUUACUGCUAUGCAAUGCUCGUGUAGUACAUGGCAGAUAUGUAAGGCACUUAGAUAUUUAUAUUAUAUUUUAUGUAAUAUAUGAUUAUAUGUACACUAUAAUGAUUAUCGUAUUUAGUCCAAAAAUGGAAAUAAGAAAAUAUUUAUUUUUAAGAAUUUAUUUUCACUAACUGCGAGUUGUUAGGAAAAAAUAGAAGACAAUCACAAAAUAUGUAGUCUACAUAAAUAUAUUCAUCCGCAUUUUUAAACAAAGAUCUGUAUAAUUAAAAACUUACGAUUAGAGUAAUUUUAUAACCAUACAAUACUUUCAAAUAUUGCACAUGAUAAUAUUCCUAUUUACAGCCAAAAAGCAUACGCAAUAAAAAAUAAUUAAGUAAAAUUUCCUAAUUAGUUAUCAAAAUAAUUGUACUUUGGCAUUCCUUUUUUUUAAAAGUUAAUUCAUCUAAUGCUUGGAUUAGAGGACUACAUAUUUGGCAAGUCAUAACAUACACUUUCAAAUAUCAUUUAAGAAUACGAAUGAAAGAAUAUUAAAUAUAAUAUUAAUAAGGUAUGAAACUGAAUAUCUAGAGAUGUGCUCUUAUUUUCUCUUCAUUUUUAAUUAAAUUUAAUUUAUUCAAGAAAGCAUAAAGUUCUGCCACAUAUUCUUUUGGAUAUUUGUAAUAAUGUCCAACGUGCGGAGAUUUGUCAAAUAUUUUGACGUAAGUCUGAAAGGAAUAAAUAUAAAUGUAGUGUUUGUUUCAUAUAGUUAGAAUUCUUACCUUUACACCAUUGAUGACCCAUUGGUCGUGUACCCUCAUAUUGUCUACUAUGUUACCAAUAGGGUCCACUUUACUUAUAAAGAAUAAUGCUGGAGUGUGUACUAAAUUUGUAUGAAAUAAUUGACUAGAUCGUAUAUAAUAUUGAGUAGACUGUUUGUAAAAUGUUUUUAAAUGAUA